AAUGUUUCUAUGUGUGAGCCAUUAUCGCUUAUAUAAGACAAACCCACGUAUUUAACGAAAAUAAAAACAACUUUUGUAAGGUUCGCUCGUGCCGUAAGUAAAUAUGGCCGCUGUACAGUACUGACUUCUUCAAAGAUGCCUCCUCUUAUUACUGGCUGCAGAGAUAGCACCCUCUAUUGGUUCGGCGGAUAGAAACGGUACCCUAGCUUGCUGGAAAUCACACACUCACAGAGAAAGAGGAUCAGAGAGGAGGAGGGAGGCUGCUGAAGGAAGUUGGGAGAAGAGAGUUAAGGAUCGCAUAGAGAUGUCGCUGCCAUUUCGAAAAGACUUUGACAAGUACAAAAAUAUAAAUGAGGAUGAAAUCCUUAAUAAACUGUCCGAAGAUGAAUUAAAACAGCUGGAGAACGUACUAGAGGAACUCGAUCCUGAGAAUGCCCUGUUACCUGCUGGCUUCCGACAAAAAGACCAGACAACUAAAGAAUCGUCUGGGACAUUUGACAGGCAGCAUCUCCUUUCUUACUUACAGAAGGAAGCCAUGGAGCACCAAGACAUUGAGGACUGUGUGCCUUACACUGGGGAGAAGAAAGGUAAGGUGUUUGUCCCAAAGCACAUGCCCAUGGAAAGCCAGCCAGAGGAGAGGGUGACCUUGGAGCCAGAACUGGAAGAGGCCUUAGCAAGUGCAACAGACACGGAGCUGAGCGACCUUGCCUCUGUCCUUGGGGUGCAACAUUUUGCCAGGAGACCACAGGGAAAUGAUGGAGGACAAGAUGGAGCAGAUCUUCGAGAUGUUGUCAAAGCUGAAAAAGUGAAACCAUCGUUUGAAGACCCACCAAACCCCACAAAUGUGGAAGAGAGCUUGCAGAGGCUAAAAGCCAAUGAUCCUUUCCUUGUGGAUGUCAACUUGAACAACAUUAAGAACAUUCCAAUACCAACACUAAAGGAAUUUGCAAAGGGUCUAGAAUCAAAUACCCAUGUGAAGUCUUUCAGCCUUGCAGCGACCCGUAGCAACGAUCCAGUGGCUAUAGCUUUUGCAGAUAUGUUGAAAGUGAAUAAAACACUGAGGAGUUUUAACAUUGAAACAAACUUUAUAACUGGAGUUGGCAUCCUGGCUUUUGUGGAAUCCCUGAAACAAAAUAAGACCCUCACAGAGAUCAAGAUCGCCAAUCAGAGACAGCAGCUGGGGACUGCCGUGGAGAUGGAGAUUGCCCAAAUGCUGGAAGAGAACUCUUCCAUUCUUAAAUUUGGAUAUCCGUUUACACAGCAAGGACCGAGGACUAGAGUCGCUGCAGCCAUUACAAAGAAUAAUGACUUAGUUCGUCAGAGGCGAGUUGAACGGGAACAUCAGUAAUUGAAGCUGAAAAUACAGAUCCCCAUAGUGGAUAAGGGGAAAGAGUUUGGAAGACUGAGAACUGCAUCAGUGUCUAUGCAGUCAUAUCAGACUACUUUAUAUUGCUGAUUUCUCCACACUCCAAACUUAGACCCGGCUCUGUAAAGGGAAUAUUACAGAAAAUAAUAUGUAUAUGAAAUCCUGCACUUGUACUUUUCACAUACGUAUAUCCAUUAUGUACAGAUUUUCUGUGAGAUAAAAUGCAUGGUAGCUUCAUUACAGAGGGUCACUUAUCGGAUGCUGAUGUUGCCAAACUUAAGGUGCUGUCAUGUGACCAAAAUGUAUUUUAUGAUCUGCUACAUUGUAUAGCAUUACCAUCUAAUAUUUUCAUAUAUAAACAAUGGGUCCAUACUAGUUUUUACAUACAGAGUGACUUUUUAUGUUACAGAUAACAGUUGAACAUAGGAUAUAUAAAUGCAAACUGUAUUGAGACUAAAUAACGUUGGCCCUUGCUUACCUUAGAAGUGCCAUACGGUAAGUGUUGCUAGGUCACUUUUUUGGUCUAACAGACACAACAUGCACAAGUCAUCCUGGUGGAAAUUUGUACUGCGUGAAACAUUGUUUUGGGUUUAAGGGAUAGGAGAGACAGUUUGUGGGAUGCAGUCAUUGUAAUAUAAUUUCCCAUCACUGUAGAUUCUAUAAACAUUUGUUAUUAUUCCUGCAGGCAAAUAUGCGAAAUUAAGUAUGUGACCUAUAACACACACUACAGCAAAGUACCCCCCCUCCCCAGCACUGGAUGUGUUCUGCAAUGAAUGGGCUACUUUAUAUUGCAGUGGACCCAUCAGCUGCAUACAAAGCCACAUGGGAAAUAAGUGUGUUUCUGUUGAAUCAAAGGCCAAGUUUAAACUAUAUUUCUCCAAUAUCCACAGGGGUUUUAUGUCUUAUGUUUAUUUUUGUACCAAAUGCAUGGGCCUCUUACGAACAGGAACCUCACGUUUUUUCCCAACACAUGACAUUCAUCAGACAGCCGCAGCUCAGAUAUGUCUUUCCUAUCAGAGUGAUUUCUAGGUUCUAUGAAAUUUGCUUUAAGGACGAACAUUUCCCCAGGAAACUGAUUUUUAAUAGCAGAGUGCAGUUUCCACACCCUGUACUCAUUUCAAUACCUAGAGCACUUUUAUCACACUUACUUCUAUGACAGCAAUGUUGUGACAUAAAAUCAAAAUCUGUAAAUAUAACAUAGGUCAGACCAUUCAAUGGGAUUUUUUUAUUAUUUUGAUUGUAAAAUAUUAUUUCUACAUUUUGUAUUUUUUAUUAUUUGAACCUUAUGUUUACAUUGGUAUUAGUGUUUUACACUUUAUAGUAGAUAAUGUGAUGUAUAGUCACAUAAUUGGUAUUGUACUUUACAUAUGUUUGUUAGAAUCCAUCCGCACGUCUAGUUGCAUUUUUGGUGCAACAUUGGCAAGUGAGUCACAAUCUCUCACCAGUAACAGGUAUCUUAAAAAAUGAGGGUCUCGCAAAGGCUUCAGAGCUCAGUUAUAACAACAUGUAGCAGUCUGUGACAUAGCUGUUCCCUCUAUAUUGUAAUGUACAUGUUUUUGAUGUUGUAACAUAUAAGACCCCACAAAGCUGCAUCUCAGUACUUUGUACUCACUUAUUUAUGUUUUGUUUACACUACUAAUUAUUUUGCAUGGGAAAGUAUAUAAUGUAUGCUUUGUUGUGGAAUACAAUGUAUACUGCACUAACAUAGAAAAUUACACCCCAGUAGAACCAACUUAAGAUAUAACAGUGUGGAAUAUGAUGAUGGUGCUGCUACUUUGCUUACUGGUUUAAAAGAAUAUAUGGCUUAUAUAAUAAUAUGCUAUAAAUAGCACACAUAAGUAUUUCAGCUGAAGAAAAUAUGUUUCUUUCUCUUGUCCCUGUUUACAGAAGAGAAAACUGCAGUGAAGCUGACGAUUUCACUGAGUUUUCCUUUUCUCUUCUCUUCUCUUAGUGAUACAGCCUCAUAGGUUUCAAUGGGGAGUGCUCAGUUAUGCUAUUUAUGUAGAAGAAAAAUUGAGGGGAAGGGGGUUGGAUUUGCAGGGUUAGUGGAGUGGGCAGCAGACGGGUGAUGCCAGCCAGAGGGGUAAGGCCAAGCGGGGGGCCACAGAUUGAGGUGUCAUUUUAAUUACAGAUACUGUCCAACCAUACAUUUUUUUUUAUCAAUCAGUUAAUCAUUAUGUAUAUAUAUUUACUCACCCCCUACGCGCGCGCACACACAUAUAUAUAUAUAUAUAUAUAUAUAUAUAUAUAUACUGUACAUACUGACAGUAAUGAUUCAUGGUUAGAUACUUGUUUAAGCUAAUAAGUAGUCCGGGAGAGACUAAGCAAAAUUAAGAUGAAUAAAUCACCUGGUCCUGAUGGACUUCAUCCGAGGGUUCUUCUGGAGCUUAGUUCACAACUAGCACGACCCCUAUACUUGAUUUUCAAUAGUUCAAUUAGAUCAGGCAUGGUACCGAAGGAUAAGGCAUAUAACUGAGGUAGUGCCAUUAUUUAAAAAGGGAUCCAAAAAUCUUCCGGGAAACUACAGACCAGUUAAUUUAACAUCUAUAGUGGGGAAAAUAUUGGAAGGAAUUCUAAGGGACGUCAUACAGGAGUAUCUAGAGUCCGCUAGGAUUAUUAGCAAGAACCAGCAUGGGUUUGUGAGGGACAGGUCAUGUCAGACUAACUUAAUUAGCUUCUACGAGGAAGUGAGCAAUAAUCUUGAUCAAGGAAAAGCAGUGGAUGUGGUCUUCCUAGAUUUUGCAAAGGCCUUCGAUACAGUUCCUCACAGGAAACUGAUGAUCAAAUGAAAGGAGAUUGGCCUAGGAAAAACUAUUUGCACAUGGAUAAGCAGCUGGUUGGAUAGCAGGGUACAGCGAGUAGUGGUCAACGGGAAGUCCUCAACCUGGUCCCCAGUAGUCAGCGGAAUACCACAAGGGUCCGUACUCGGACCACUACUGUUCAACAUAUUUAUCAAUGACCUAGAAAUAGGCCUGGAAAGCACAGUGUCAAUCUUUGCAGAUGAUACUAAACUGUGUAAGGUAAUUAGUUCAGAAUUGGAUGUGGAGUCCUUGCAGAAUGAUCUAUCUAAACUUGAACUCUGGGCGUCUAAAUGGAAAAUGAGGUUCAAUAUAGACAAAUGCAAGCUUAUGCAUUUUGGGACUAAAAACAAACUGGCAUCCUACAUAUUAAAUGGGGAACGCCUAGGGGAAACAAAGUUGGAAAAAGAUUUGGGGGUAUUCAUUGAUAAUAGGCUUAAUAACCGUACACAAUGUCAAAACGCAGUAAAGAACGCAAGUAAGGUGCUAGCGUGCAUAAAAAGGGGAAUUGAGACAAGGGACUCGGAUGUAAUCAUGCCGCUGUAUAAGGCAUUGGUACGUCCGCACCUGGAAUAUUGUGUUCAGUUUUGGGCACCAUUGUAUAAAAAAGACAUCAGUGAACUCGAAAGUGUUCAAAGGCGAGCUACUAAAUUGAUUAAAGGCCUAGAAGGACUGGACUAUAAGGACUUACUAGGCUGAAUAUGUAUACACUAGAAAAGAGGCACCUAAGAGGAGAUAUUAUUAAUAUCUUCAAAUAUGUAAAGGGACAUCACAAAGAGUUAUCAGAGGAAUUAUUUAUUAAAAGAACACAGUUUAGGACACGUGGGCACUCGCUG